AUGCUGCGCCUUAUGAGCCUACAUCUGCGGCGUUGCCUGUACAGCGGCAACGCAUCGCUGUCGUUUCCCGGUCUGUCUGCGGGGGCCGAGCUCCGCUGCCACAAUGGAGCUUCGAGCCUGGCCAUUAGGCGCGCUGCCUUCGCCGCAGUGUCGGACGGAAGCGCCGCCGCUCGCGGCGGUACCAGCAAGGCAGGGGACGAUUCGCGCUGGAUGAAGAAGCCCGACCCGCCCGCGGAAUCCGCGCCCGCAGGCGCUGCCAAGACCAACAUCACCGACGGGAAGUUCUACUUCGACGCCGACGUGGAGAACUUGAGCCCCGAACAGCAGCAGCAGAAGGAGGAGCUGAUCCGGGAGCUGACACGCAAGCUGAGCGGGCCGCUCGCGGACGAGAACGGCAACCUGCCGACGGGCGACGACCGCCCCAUCGCGAUCGAGGUGGACGGCCCGUCGCACUUCUACGCGAACAGCACCAAGUACACCGCUUACACCAAGCUGAAGCACAGGCUGCUGACACGCAUGGGCUACAAGGUGCUGCACGUGCCGUACUUCGAGUGGCGCCGGCUGCGCGGCGCGAAGGAGCGCGAGGAGUACAUGCGCGAGAAGCUCAAGGAGGAGCCCACCGAGUGGAUCGACCCCGACGACGAGGCGUUUUACAACAAGCGGAUGGAGGCGCUGCGCCGGCAAACUGAUGGCGUCAUCAGCGCCUUGGAGGCGGAGUCCAAGGCUUCUGCAGCCAAUGAUGCAUAA